AUGCUGUGUGGGGGAAUGUUGCUGGUGGGGGCAAGCGCCGGUGCGACCCUGAACAAUCAAAUAGCUGGCUUGCACACGGGCACAGGGGAUGCCUCCCUUUGGUAUCCCCCUAUUUAUUUAUUACCAGUAAAGAAUUUAUGCAAGAACUGUUCAUCAUCGGGGAUAUUUCAGAAUAACAGCAGUCAAGAAUUGUGGCCCUUGUAUACUUUCAGUUCUAUCACCAAUAGAUUAACCACAAUUCAUGAAGGUUCGAGUGUUGAAGACUGGCACUAUAUUAAUUCAGAGUUGAACCCUGCAGACUUAGCAUCACGAGGAAUGUACGUAAAUUGUGAUGAAGAGAAAAUUAGUAGAUGGUUCCAAGGUCCAGAAUUUCUGAGCAAACCUACGUCAGAGUGGCCAGAAUCAAGGAACUUGAAGUGUAAAACUAAACCGGACGAAAUGGCAUCGAAGGCAGUCCAUGCAACGGUGAUUAAUGAAGAUUCAUUAAAGUGUAGCUUAACCAAUAGGUACUCCACUUGGACUAAACUAAAAAGAGUUGUCGGAUGGGUAAUUCUGACAUGCAAGAAAUUCAAACAAAAGAAGAAUGGAGAAAUUAAUAAGGAUAUCCCCUUGUCAAAGGAAAUUCUGAAUGAAGCUGAAAAACUAAUUGUACAAUCAGAACAACAAAAUUACUUCACAGAAGAAGUUAAAUCUAUGAAAGAUACUAAAACAUUAAAUGUAGGAAAGGGAAGUCCAUUGUACAAACUAGAUCCUAUAAUAACUGAAGGUGUUUUAAGAGUAGGAGGCAGACUUAAGAACUCAGUCAUACCGUUUGAGAGGAAACACCAGAUAAUUUUGCCAAAGCAAUUUAAUGUCUCUAAACUGAUUUAUAGAACCAAGCUAUGUGAACAGAAAAUGGCUGAUUUACCCAAGGAAAGAGUUACUUCAGAAGAACCACCGUUCACUAAGGUUGGAAUAGACUACUUUGGUCCUUUUGAAGUUAAAAGAUGUAGGACCACAGUAAAACAUUAUGGUGUAAUCUUUGCAUGGUAUAUCCCAUGA